CCUCAAAACAUAUCACACAUAAAUCCUCUGUAAAUAACCAAAACAAAAACCCUAAAGCGAAGAAGCAAAUCAAGAUGGGACUGAUCAGCAAAGAAGAAAUCAGCAAAACCAGAAGAUAUUCAUCUUCUCUUUGGAGAGGAAUCAAAACGAUCUUCGUACUCUUCACUAUGCUCCUCUCCUUCAUCCUCUUCUCUGCUCCGAUCUUCCUCGCCGUCGCCGACGCCGUUCUUCCCUCCGCCAUCCUCUCAUCUUCCUCAUCCUCCCUCCACCGCCUCUCGCCUACUAAUUUUCCGGCGACUGUUUCUUCACACAUCAGCAACUACGAUUUCCGAUACUCUCUCAUCGAUAUUCCUCUCAUCUCCAUCAUUAGAUCUGCCAUUAUUCUCUGCGUUUACGGGCUGUGUGAUGGACCAAAGUUAUCGAGGGGACCAUAUCUGUUAAUCACGAUGAUUUGCUCGAUUUCAUCUUUGAUCUACGUAUCGUUUAAGGCAGCGAUUGUGUUGGGCGAGCCCGUGAUCGGAGACGGCGACGGAGGAGGGAAUUUCCGAGCAGAGGAAGUGGCCCUCUUUGUAUGUUCGUGGGUCUUAGCCAUCGGUCACAUCGUUGUGGCGUACCGAACAAGUUGUAGAGAGAGAAGAAAGCUCCUCGUCUUCAAAAUCGACAUCGAAUCCGUUUCAGCUUGUAAAAAUGUGUUCCCUCGAUACCAGAAGAUAUUCCAACAAGAGAGACUCAAAUAGCUAUAUUAGAAGACAGUCGACACUUGUACAUAUAUAUACUAACAAUACAGCUAUAUGUAUAUAAAUAUACGUAUCAAAUGCAACAUCAUCUGGGUUUUGGUUUCUCCUUUCGAGUUUCAGAAAGGUCCAAAGGAUAAUCUGUAAAGGAGGGAAGAACAGAUAACGAAUGGGGCUUAAUAUAACACAAUGCUUUUCCAUGUGAGACUACAAAGGACAACUCCAAUGAAUUGGCAGUUGUUACGAUAUUAUACAUUUUAAAUUUGGUAGACUAAAAAAAGAGAAUUAUUAUAGGAGUUCUUAUUUACUUUAAUGAAUGAUCCACCGUUACACUUUUGUCUUUUUGUUUUGUUUGUAUAAGACCAUUUUUACUACAACGAGAUAAGAAGCCGAAGGCAUCUUUCUUUCUUCCA